AUGUCCAGAAUAAGUUUCAGGUUACUCGAAGAACUUGAAAAGGGCGAAAAGGGCCACGGGCCUGAGUCCUGCAGUUACGGACUCGCAGAUAGUGAUGAUAUCACAAUGACGUUUUGGAAUGGUACCAUUUUGGGACCUCCUCACAGCAACCAUGAAAACCGGAUCUAUUCUGUCGCGAUCGAGUGUGGUCAAGAGUACCCUGAUAAGCCGCCGCUUAUAAAGUUCACUUCCCGGAUCAACUUGCCCUGUGUCGACCAAGAAUCGGGCAAAGUAAAUGCAGAGAAGUUUCAAACGCUUCGCAAUUGGAAAAGAUCCUAUACAAUGGAAACACUGCUACUAGACCUGCGCAAAGAAAUGGCCCAUCCCUCGAACAAAAAACUACCACAACCGGCGGAGGGGUCAAAUUUUUGA